CCAUAAACAAGGCAACCUUGCCCUUUUUGAUUGACAAAAAUGUCUCAUCUCCACGUGAAAUUUCAAAAAUAACAAAAUAAAAAUUUGUUGAUCCGCAUUUAUUUUGUAUGAUACCGUUCAAAGAAAAUAAAAAAUCGAUAAUGAAGGCAUUUUCAAACAAGCAAGAGGAACGUAAGGAAAAGAAGAAAAAGAAGUUGCUCGCUUUAGCAAAAAUAGUGCAACUAAAUGACGAUGACCGUCGAGAAUCUGCGGCCGAACAAAUUGCUGCUGCAACAUGCGAGACCUCUGCCCACAAUGACGACGAUGGAUUCGUAAAGGUCACUCACAAAAAGAAAGCAGCUAAAGCAAAUGCUAAAAAGCCUCAAAUUUCCUUGCCUGAGCAAGGCCUACGCACUGAAGAUGAGCCACAAAACAAGCGUCCUAAACUAGCAAAAUGUGAAAGCAUUGAUGGAGAUAGCAGCGAUACAUCGUCGUCAACAGAAUUAGCAGCAGAACAACAACGGCUCAAGUUGCAACUAACUGAAGAACAGUACAAAGAUUUACGUCGACAACUGCGGCAGCGUAAGAGGGAGCUGGAGAACGUGCCAAUCUUACGAAUGCGCGAAUUUGGCCAACGUGCAUCCCUGGAGACACCACAAAAUCAACGUACCCCAAUUUUUCUAACAGACAUUCAACAUUUGCUUAUGUCUGCACUAAUUGGAAAAAAGUCGCCGUGCUCACCAGAUCGAUGGUGCUACUUGGAAAAGCCACUACGACUAUCUCACAGUGUCGUUUUGAUAUUAGAGGGACUUUCACUAUAUCACUACCUUUCAAAUGAAAGUAAAUUCUCGCAAACAAAUCAAAUAUUUCAGACACGCUUAGAACUUGUGCUGCCACCACUGAAAGAUGGUUCCAUCAUAGAAGAAAUGGCACAGGUACCGCUAACCAAUGUACAGGCACAUAAGUUAAUUGAAGAGCAUGGCUCCUUGGAAUCUGCUGUAGAAAUGACGAAAGAUCCCACUUUGCUCGUUAAAGCAAUUUUCCCAAUCAAUGAGGCGUGUGUAGAAUCGAAGAAAAAUAACCUGAAUGUUGGCGAUAAAUUUCCACGUACCAAACUCUUGCUCUCCGCUUUACAAAUGGUAGAUGAGGGUUAUCCAAUGCCAUUGCGAGGCGAACUUAGCGAGCGAUUUAAAGACUACGUGUUUACUAAAGACAAAUACGAACCUGUUACAGACAAUAGUCCCAUGUUCGGUAUUGAUUGUGAAAUGUGUCGUACAAUUAUUGGACAUAAUGAGCUGACACGUAUUUCAAUUGUAAAUGAAAAGCUCGAAACCGUUUAUGAAACUCUGGUAAUGCCAACAAAUAAAAUUGUUGACUAUUUAACACCAUACUCUGGAAUUACGGCGGAAAUGAUGCAAAUAGUCACUAAAACACUAGGCGAUGUGCAGCGGGAAUUGAAAGAGCUCCUACCACCAGAUGCCAUUUUGGUGGGUCAAUCACUCAACUUUGAUUUGAAUGCUAUGAAGAUGAUGCAUCCGUAUGUGAUUGAUACGAGCAUGUGUUUCAACUUGAGUGGCGUGCGGAGAAGGAAGGCAAAGUUGCAAACACUUGCCAUGACUUUUUUGAAAGAGGCUAUACAAGAAAAUGCUGAUGGUCACGACUCGGUCGAAGAUUCUUUGGCCAGUUUAAAGUUGGUGAAAAUGAAAUUAGCAAACAGCCUCGAGUAUGGGGAUGAAAUAUUGACACAAAAGAAACGUUUACAUGAUAUUAUGCGUUUGGCAAGCGGCGAUAAUAUUAAAAAUAAUUUAUUAGCGUACGCCUCCCAACGCGACAAGAGGACAGCAAUUAUAACAAGUGGCACACUACAAUCACAAAUGAAGGAAAUCUUAAUGAAAACUGAAGAGAUUUCAAUUCAAGAAACACAGAAAAGUGUUUCUCUUUACGAAUUGGAUACAAACAAGCAGGCAAUUAAUAAGGCACGUGAAGUAGCUUUAGAACACAAUUUGACCAUUACCAAUUUGCGAUUGGGCAUAGAAGAAUUUCAGCUAGAUAAUGCGGAAAAAACAGUAAUGAAAAUUGAUAAAUGGAUUGCCAAACUGUGGCAGACUGUGGCGCAUAACGGUAUGUUUUUGGUUUUGAUGGGCGGCUCGACGGAAUGCGCCAGUGGGGUUGCGAAAAUUGCUAUUAAGAAAAAUGCGACUGCAGUUGCAGCCAGUAUAGCGGCGACAACACCGAUAACCAUGUAGUGGAUACAAAAAUUUUCCGAUGAUGUGUUAGUUCAAAGACGAUGAUAUUAACUUGUGGAAAUUUCAUAAAAAAUUGUUUGAAUGAUGGGGGAUAAUACAUGUAAUAUAUAUAAUUCUAUGAUU